UAAGAAUGGGAAAUUCGUUAAAACCUAAAGCAACUUACACAGUUGACUAUUCUUCCGUUCCUCUGUCUACGGAAACAGAUUCGGAUGACGAUGUUCUGUAUGCAAGUAAUUCAAACGAUGGGAACGUCAGUAUCAAACGUGUGUCAUACAAUCAACACAAGAGUCCGUACUGCAGCAGACGAACUCGAAUUGUUAUACCUUAUUUUGUGAUUGUGGUCAUUGUCAUUGUGGUCGGAGUACUCGGGACACAGGAGUUUAAUAAAACAUCAUCAGCACAAUUAGUCAAGGGAAAUAAUUCAUGGAAAAGGAAUUUGGAUGUCACAAUGGGAGAUGCUGAUGCAGCCAUCCGUUUAGUUGAUGUCGAUGGUGAUGGUCUAGAGGAUGUUAUUAUAGCUACAGGUCCAGACUCAAAACUGACUCCUCCAGAUAACAAGUACGACACAGAGUGUACAAAAAUGGGUUUACAAUCACCAUGUUAUGGGAAUAUCUACGCACUACGGGGCACUGAUGGUACACUGUUAUGGAAUGUGAAAACGACGACGAUAGCUUUAUUCUUAAACUGCGUUGAUUUUGAUGUCAACCUUGAUGGACACCUAGACUGCGUUGCUAGUGGUCGCUUUGGUUUGCUCGUUGCAAUCAGCUUAAAAAAUGGGUCAGUACUUUGGGCAGCCGACAGGAAGAUCAUUAACACACAAUGGAAUGUUUACUAUGUCGCAAAGAUACAAGACAUUGACGAUGAUGGCGUACCGGAAAUGGUCGUUGCAAAUGGUGGGGAUACUACUCUGAGACCUCAGGACCAUUCCAGAACCUCUGGUCGACUUGUGAUGUUGUCUGGUAUGACUGGGGAGAUGAUAGGUAGCCGUUACCUAAACAUCCCUGACAAUAAGGAAACUUAUAUGUCACCUAUAGUAUACAGAACUACAGACGGUUCUCGGUACAUCUUGUUUGGUAGUGGCGGAGAAACUAUAUCGGGUGACUUGAUGAUGAUUUCGUUACCAGAUUUCUAUACUUACAUCACAAAUGGUUCAAAUCCUGUUGAAUUUGAAGGGAAUCACAACCAAUGGAUACAAUAUAAAGGCAUGAAGAAUAAGGACACCGGCAUUUUUACUCUGCAUCGCGGGAAUACUAAAGGAGUUAUUGUUCCACCUGUAGUGGCAGAUAUUAAUAAUGAUGGUUUUCACGAUAUCCUAAUGACAGCCUUUCAAGGUCAAAUGAUUUUAUACAGUGGUAAAGACUUGUCGGUUCUGUGGAGGAGAGAGUUUCCAAAUAUGGAAACAUACACAUCCCCAGCACCAGGUUAUUUUAACAACGAUGGUAUUCUGGAUUUUAUGAUCCAUUGGAGUAUUGGAGAAUGGCCGCAAUAUAGCGUAACAAAGAUAUACAUAUUGAAUGGCAAGGAUGGUUCAACAUUAUGGACACUGAAUGGAAACCAGUUUGUGAUGUCUUCAGACCUCAGUAUCAGAACGUCAGAACCUCACCGAGACUUGUUUCUUUUUAAUACACUAGGUAGAGGUAGUCCAAUUAGACUAGAUAAGCAUCACAACAUACAGGGUAUUACAAGGCUUGAUAAAAAACCACCAUCAUAUUUUACAGCAGCAAACGACUUUAUGGAACAAUGCGUAAUUGGAGCGCACGGAGGUCAUUUACGUACAGCGACUUUGCAUAAGACAGAUCUUUCGAAUGAUAAUGAUAAGAAACUUCCCUAUGACUCAAACCAACAAAAUCAGAGACAACAGGGAACAGAUAACAGUAAUCCAGAUAAUCAUGGAAUGCACAUUGGUGGAAAUAAUACAGACUUCAAUACAGCUCAUUCCGAUUUUAUGCAACAUCUCAGUAACUCAAUAACGAACAAACCUCAAAAUUACCUUGGAGACACGAAACAAACUAAAAAGAUAAGAAAACGCAAAACAAUGCCACUGUCAACGUCGAAAAACAUUUCAUGUGAAUAUGACGAUGAAAUUAUGCAAGCAAUGUAUGAUAAUCGACAUUUCAUGUGUACGGACGAAGCUGAAUUGCGAGCAGAGGUGUUUAUACUUGAUAGAACAACAUUUAACAAUCCAGUUCGACUUUUAAACCAUGGACUGGAAGCAUAUAUGUAUAGUGUGCCAAAUGAGGACGACGCGUCAUUACCGUCCAAAGACAUAUGUACUAUGUUAGUGUCCACAGUCCUUGCUACAGCAUCCAUUGGGGAUGUUGAUGGUGAUGGCGUCUUAGAUUUGAUCGCCAGGAUUGACAAGUCUGGGGACAAAUUUAAUCUAAAGAAACGCAUGUUUUCCACAAUAAGUUCUAGCACUGUAGUAAAAAUAAGUUUGCAUAAUUAUUUAAGACAAAUCAAAACAAGAGUUAAUGUUGAUGCAGCGCAUACAUUUAAGGAACAGCAUUUAGAGAAAAACUUGAUAGAUGUAGAUCUAUUGCCAUCAGGGCAGCAGACAUGGACAAGCUAUAUGGGAAAAAUGGGAAAUGGAUAUUAUGACAUGACGUAA